AUGACAGCUAGUGCCUUUGAAAUAGUUUUUGCAGUUCCAAUGGAAUGUAAGGCUUGCGUUGAAUCAAUUACCAACGCCUUGAAGCCCUUAGACGGUGUUGACAAAUUUGACAUCAAUUUGAAAUCCAAUUUAGUAAUCACAGAAGGCUCACUACCACCUAGUGAAAUCGUUAAAGCAAUUCAAGCUACAGGAAGAGAUGCAAUCAUUCGUGGUACUGGAAAGCCUGACUCAGCUGCCGUCUGUAUUUUAGAAUCGUUUGACCCAAAGGACCGCUUGAAACCGGUGAAAGGGUUAGCAAGAAUAGUGCAAGUGUCUCCUCAAAAUGUAUUUGUUGACCUUACAGUUAAUGGUUUACCCAAAGGUGUAUACUAUCCUUCGAUAAGAGCUUCGGGAAAUUUAUCUGAAGGUGCUCUAUCAACAGGUAAGUUGUUCUAUGCCUUAGAUCCUAUCAAUGUCAACCAACCUUCAAAUGCUAGUACAACUAUAAACUCCCUUGGUGCAAGCACGACUGAAGAUUCGGAGGAAUUAUAUGCUGGUCAAUCAUUCUUAUACGCGAAAUUAACACCUAGCCAACUCAUUGGAAGAAGUAUAGUUUUGUCGACAUUGCAAAACGAGGUGACGAAAGAUUCCCUUGUUGGUGUCAUUGCCAGAUCUGCUGGUGCUUGGGAGAAUGACAAACAAGUUUGUAGUUGCAGUGGUAAAACUAUAUGGCAAGAGAGAACUGAUGCAAAAGCCCAUGGAGUUGCAGUUUAG